GUUCGGUGCACGUCGACUGGUUUGUGUUUGAGUGCCGGCGAGCGGCGCAUUCCUUAUUCACGUGUUUAUCAAAGGAUAAUAUUUCGAUUUUUGACCUCUGCAACUUUCUUAGAAAACUUUUAUGUAACUUGUGAAAGUUCUAUAACAAAGUGAACGGUGACUAGAGAAAUGGAGCGAUUUAUGCCAACUGCGUUUGUUUGAUUUAAGAAAUAGUUUUGUUCCGUUGUUUUGUGUGAAAAGUAUAAGUCGCAUUGUAUCCGUGCAAAGUAACCUUUCCGUUGUGACAGUUUAUUUGUUUUGUUACAUUUUGAGACUACCAGCGGGAACUAAGUCAGAAAAGGAGAUCAACACCAGAGUGGAAGACUUAGCGAUAGCGACACAAAACAGUGGCGCUAUGACGCCGGCGGGGCCGACUUAAGGUCCCGCCACGCUAUGGGCUCCAACAUCAGCCAGCACUCCUCUAAAGGUCUCAAGGGCCGACGGGCAAGGUCUAGCGGAGAUCUCUGCAAUGGCGACUCUAAAAGUCAAACUGAGUCUUCAGUAUGUGGGUCCGUGGUGGGUGAAGUCAUGGGAUGGAAUAGGUCCCUGCCGAAUCAUCUUGAUGGUAACCGCCACCUAGCGGAUUAUAGUCGUGUCAACAAUAACUAUGGAGAACUCGGAACGUAUAAUCGAUGUCAAAAAGGCGGGCGCGGAUUGCGGUACAGAGUUUCAAAAUCAGGUUCAGAUGCUGAACCAGUAUGGAAGCUGCAAGACUCUCAGUUCGACCAGGGCUACGGGUCGGAGCGGUCGCCGGAGGAGGAGUACGUGGCGCCCCUGCCCCUCGCUCCCCUCGCCGCCGCAGCCUCCCUGGAGGAGUAUGAGGCGGAACUACGCAACCUCUACCCAUUUAUCACCGAGGAUAACACAUUCACCGUGGUGGUUGAGAAGGACGGGCGAGGUCUAGGCAUGUCGGUGUGUGGAGGGGCAGGGCUGGUGCGCAUUCGGCGUCUGUACCCGCCGCAGCCUGCUUGGCGCACCGGCCGCCUAGCGCCCAGGGACCUCCUACUCGCAGCGAACGGUGUGCCACUAGCCGGCCUUAGUACCUACGAAGCACUGGAGGUGCUACGGACAGCGGCGACGCGUGUUGAGCUGCGUGUUUGCCGGCCGCCGAGCGACGCACUGGAAAGUCUGACGCCGCCCGACCCGCCCACGCCGCCCGUCCGCACGCCGCACCCGCCACAUCUACCACCGCUUGACCCCCUCAACUGCCAUCCCUUACAUGCUCGGCUAUCUCAAACAACUAGCAGCGCGACCACAUCGUCAUCAGAAGGCCGGGGCAGACGAGAGGCGAGCCCUGAACCCGACAGGCGGGAUCUACACCUCCCAGACCUGGACAAGCCGCUGCCUGUCUACGAUAUACAGUAUGGAGAAUUCGACAUAGUGAUAACGAAAGUGAACGGUUCCCUGGGCUUCACACUGCGGAAGGAAGACCACAGUGCACUGGGGCAUUAUGUGCGUGCGCUGGUGCGGGAACCCGCGCUCAGCGACGGCAGGAUACAGCCAGGGGACAGGAUCGUCGCGGUGAACGAUACGCCGAUGUCCAACAUGUCGCACACUGAGGCGGUGUCAUUCCUCCGCGCGUGCGGCGCAGAUGUGCGCCUGCGGCUGUACCGUGACCACGCCGCCACACCACUUUCGCCCGUCUCACCCAAGGAUGAUGGACCCACAGACUCCGACCCACCACUCAACAGACCUAAGCCACCUUUGCGACCUGAAGCAGUAUCAAUGCUAUGCGACCUGGCGGCGCGGCGACUGACACCGGACGCGACGGACGGCGCGCGCUCUCCAUGUCUCUCUCCGCGCAAAUUCCGCAAGCUAACUAAAGACAACAACCAUUACGAACAACCCACUGAUGGCCCAAGUAUGGACAUAAAGCUUGAGACACACUAUCCGCCAACCGAUACCGUCGACGGUACGGUGUGCGAGCACAAGCAGCAACAGCUGCCAAAACUGCAACAGUUACAACAGCUGCCGCAGCGUACUGCUACACUCACCAGCCCCACAGCCCCGCCCACUUGUAGGAAACAAAAAUUGAGUCUGACAGUGCCUCCUCAUGGUUACGAGUUAAAUAACCUGGACAACGAUACCCUGGACGCGCCGAAUGUGUACCAGGAGGAUAUAAGGGCGAGGUACACGGAGGCCGUGUUCCCCGCGGACUCCGACGAACCGGUGUCAAUGCCCGUGGAACUGUCGAGUGAUGAAGCGCGCUUCAAACACUCUAACCCGGCGUACCAGAGCGCUGUACUCACUUCUGGCAGCGAGACCGCCUCAGAUGGACACAAGGAUGAUGGAAAUGGUUUAAAGAAAUGGAAGGGUGUCGCCUUGUCACCGGACAACGAACGUAAGAUGCUUCCUGAAACACAGCUGAAACAGAAAGAUGUGGAUAUUGCGCAAAAAGAAAACGUCAAACCUGUACCGCCUCAAGAAAACGUUAACAAUGAACCGACGAUAGUUACAGUGGAACUGAACCGGGGCUGGAACAGUCGGCUGGGGUUCAGUGUUCAGAGCCAUCCGGAGUCAGGUCAGAGCUACAUCUCCGCUGUAUACAGCGACAGUGUGGCCGCGCGCGAUGGCCGUCUGCGUCCCGGCGACGUCAUACUGCAGGUGAACGAUGAAAAUGUGACAUCAAUGAAGACACCAGAAGUGAUAGACUUACUAAGAAUACUCCGAGGCUCGAUCUGCAUCACCGUACUGCGACCUCCCAACUCUAAAUGAAAUGUCUACGGAAAUAAAACGAUAAGCGGACAAAGAUCGUUAUAAAUUAUACUCACAUACAAUUAAAAAUGAUUAUUUUAAUGAGCACCAAAUAGCACAUAUUGCUUGUGAACAUCACAAGCCCUUAGAUAUUUGAACACAUAUUUCAUGGUUUAUAAAAUGAGAUUAUUUAUAAAGACAACAUAGCUUCGUUCGUAUUCAAAGGAGUAAUUGAAUUCUAAAAAAGGACUUUUAAUAGAUUAAAGUAUUACAAGAUUCAAACUUUAUGGUCGCUCGCCGUUCGUAGGGGCGUACACUUAUCCGCAUAAUUUUACUUCUCCCCCUCCCCCCUCAUAACACUAAUAUAAACAAAAUAAAUAUUUUAUGUUAGUGUUUUUCAAAACUCGAGCUACUAUAAAGUUUGAAUAUCACUAUGACAGUAAUAUUUGUGUGAUAUGUAGGAAUUAUUAAGACAAUCAUUAGUAAAAAAAUACCCGCACAAAUGCUUUAUCUUGAACGUAAAUAACACGUAGUGAUGAAUCAAAAUAAGCCAUCAAAUAACGUUUAAUUACAGUACAAUGUGUCA